UGUGACGGGCGCUGCUGCCUCUCUCCACAGCUGAAGAAGCUGGAUCGGGCCGUGUCUGCUGCUCACACCUUCUUCGUGGCUAAUCCCCAGCACCUCCAAAUGCGGGAGGACAUCGAGAAGUACCGGCGGAUGUCAGGGGUGAAAUCAGACAACUUCCGAGAUCUGGAGGCCACGCCACACUGGGAAGCAUAUGAGGCUGGGCUGCAGCACUACAAUGCAGAUGAGUACCUGCAGGCUGUGGCCAGGCUGGAGGAAUCACUCACAGAGGCGCUGUCAGCACUGGAAGAGUGUCGUGCCCUGUGUGAAGGGCCUCGGGAGGAUGAGGACGAGGAGGAGGAGAUGCAGCCUGGCCUGUACGAAGCCAUUGCAGCCCAUUAUAUUCAGGUUUUGAAGUGCAGACAGCAGUGCGUCCUUGAAAUUGCCACAAAGCCAGGGCGGAUUUCUGCCACAGAAGAUUUCAUACCCUCUCACCUUGACUUACUGCAGUUUGCCUAUGAUCAAGUUGGGAACCAGGCACUGGCUGCUGAAUGUGCUGCUUCCUACUUGCUCUUCUAUCCCAUGGAUGAGCCAAUGUUGGAGAAAAUGAAACAGUAUCGCACAGAGCUGGGAGAGGACGCAACUGUCACAGCCAGAGAGAGUAUUCAACAGUAUGUGCGGAGAUCUUUGAUGGAGAAGAAGCUGAUUUAUUAUGCAGUGGAGCAUCUAGGAGGAACUUUUAACGACCCUGAUCUUUGGACUCCAGAUGAGCUGAUUCCUGAAACCCUAAGGGAGAAACACAGAGAGGAUCAGGAGAAGCAAAAGCAGGAAACUCUGGAUGUGGAAGAGAGGGAGAAGAGGGGUCCUUUGCCUUUUGAGGGUAUUGCUGUCACGAUGGACUCCCGCCAGAUGAAUGGAACCCAGAGGGUUGUGUUCGACAGAGUGCUGACAGAGUCUGAGUGCAAGGACCUUCUCCAGCUGACAAAGGCAGCAGGAGAAGCAGGAGAUGGCUACCGGGCAAGACGGUCGCCUCACACCCCACAUGAGAGAUUUGAAGGGUUAACCGUUUUGAAGGCCGUGCAGCUAGCCCAGAAUGGGGACGUGGACUGGAGAGAUGCCAGAUUGCUUCUGCGGGCCAGUGAGAAAUCACGGAGAAUCAUAGAAUCCUAUUUUACUCCUGGGAGGAAACUCCAUUUCUCAUUCACACACCUUGUGUGCCGCACGGCUGUAGACGAGGAACAGGAAGGUCGCAUGGAUCUUAGUCAUCCUGUCCAUGCUGAUAAUUGUCUCUUGGAUCCUGAGGGGCAAGAGUGCUGGAGAGAACCACCUGCCUACGUGUACAGGGACUACAGUGGCAUUCUCUACCUCAAUGAUGACUUCCAAGGUGGGGGCCUUUUCUUCACCGAAAUGGACACUGUGACUGUCACAGCUGAGGUGCAUCCUAAGUGUGGGAGGCUGGUAGCCUUCAGCUCUGGCAAGGAGAACCCCCAUGGCGUGUGGGCAGUGAGCCGUGGGAGGCGGUGUGCCAUUGCUCUCUGGUACACACACUCCCAGGAGCAUGCUGAGCAGGAGCGAGUGAAGGCAGAGGAGCUGAUGGAGCAGAGGGACAUGAAGCAGGACCAGCCUGAUGGAGAAGAACAUCAUAGGGCUGAUCACAGCGGCAGAUCCUCCUCAGAGCCUCCCAUUCCCAGCAGUGAAGCCAGGCCCAUGAGCCGGAGACACAAGCCUGGCUCAGACAGGACACAGCACCCCAAGGAGCUGCGGGUUAGAGAUGAGUUCUGAGCGCAUAGGGCCCUGGAGACAGGACUGGCACACACCAUGGCCUGGCAGGUCGUGGUGGCACCAGGACCACCGAGGCCUGGAGCAGUGUAUUAGCAUGCUAGAGCCUUAGUGAUGGGGAGGGAUGCAG